AAAGAUGGCGGCGGCGGCAGCUCGCCGUCUGCCCUUUCGCAGCGGGUUUGUCCUGCUGCAGACCAUUCGGGGGGCGGGUGUGUGUGAACCGAAGUUCUGUUGCAGAUUUUAUCCUGCAUGUGAGUCCCUCCCAAAAGUUGAAGGAGCAGAUAUAACAGGGAUUGAAGAAAUAGUCAUUCCAAAAAAGAAAACGUGGGAUAAAGUGGCUGUUCUUCAGGCACUUGCAUCCACAGUACACAGGGAUCCUACAGCCGCACCUUAUGCGUUUCAAGACGACCCUUACCUCGUGCCAGCCUCUGUUGUGGAGUCUCGUUCAUUUUUAUUGGCAAAGAAGUCUGGAGAGACUGCAGCAAAGUUUAUUAUUAAUUCACAUCCCAAAUAUUUCCAAAAGGAUAUAGCUGAGCCUCAUAUACCGUGCUUAAUGCCUGAGUACUUUGAACCUCAGAUUGAAGAUGUAAGCGAAGCUGCCCUGAAGGAACGAAUCCAACUCAAAAAAGUCAGAGCUUCCGUGAACGUUUUUGACCAGCUCCUGCAAGCAGGAACCACAGUCUCUCUUGAAACAACUAAUAGUCUUUUGGACUUAUUGUGUUACUAUGGUGACCAAGAGCCCCCAGCUGACUAUCCUUUUCAACAAACUGAACAUUUGGAAAACUUGGACGAGGCUACAGAAGAAAAUAAUCAAACAUCAAAGAUGGAGUCUGGUCCUUGGAAAGCACAAAACAAUGCUGAGAGAAUCUUUGCUCUAAUGCCAGAGAAGAAUGCACACUCCUACUGCACGAUGAUCCGUGGGAUGGUGAAGCACCGAGCUUAUGCACAGGCGUUGGACUUGUACAACAAGUUAUUAAAUAACAGACUUAGUGCUGAUGUAUAUACCUUUAAUGCAUUGAUUGAAGCAAAAACAUUCAUACUCAAUGAGACAUUUGAGGAGAAAUGGAAUGAUAUACUGGAUCUACUGAAACAUAUGGUUGCCCAGAAGGUGAAACCAAACCUGCAGACUUUUAAUACGAUAUUGAAAUGUCUCCGGAAGUUUUACUCAUUUGGAAAGUUGCAGGCCGUACAGAUAUUGCGUGAAAUGAGACAUAUUGGAAUAGAACCCUCACUUGCAACAUACCAUCAUAUUAUUCACCUCUUCUAUCCGAGAGGUAGCUCUAUAAAAAUGCAGUCCCUCAUCAUCUAUGAUAUCAUGAAUGAAUUAGAGGGAAGAACAUUUUCUCCACGGGACCUCGAUGAUGAUAAAUUUUUUCAGUCGGCCAUGACUGUGUGUUCUUCUCUCAGAGAUUUAGAGCUUGCUUACCAAGUACAUGGUCUUUUAAACACGGGGGACAACCGGAAACUGAUCGGAAAUGCUCUUCAACAUAAACUCUAUUAUUCGAAGUUUUUCAGUUUGAUUUGUUCACUGGAACAAAUUGAUGUCACCUUGAAGUGGUAUAAGGACCUAAUACCUUCAGUGUUCCUUCCCCACUCCCAAAUAUUCAUAGGUCUUCUUCAAGCAUUGGAUGUGGCCAAUAGGCUGGAAAUGGUUCCUCAGGUUUGGAAAGAUAGUAAAGAAUACGGCCAUACUUUCCGAGAUUCCCUAAGAGAAGAAGUCUUGAUGCUCAUGGCAAGGGAUAAGCACCCACCAGAGCUUCAGGUUGCAUUUGCUGACUGUGCUGCUGAUAUCAAAUCCACAUAUGAAAACCAGGAUGCCCGCCAGACUGCUCUUGAUUGGCCAGCCAACCCUUUACAAUAUAUAGCUGUCCUUUUUUUAAGAGGUGGCAGAACCCAGGAAGCCUGGAAAAUGUUGACACUCUUCAAAAAGCAUAAUAAGAUUCCCAGGAAUGAAUUGCUGGAGGAGUUUAUGGACACAGCCAGUAGCACUGCUCUGGCCAUUGAGGUGGUGAAGCUGGCCAGUGCCUUCAGCCUGCCUGUCAGUGAGAGCCUUGCCCAGCGAGUCAUGAUGGAGUUCACAGUUGAUCCAGAACAAAGAGAAGCCCUGGGGAACCUCACUGUACUGAACAGUAGCGAUGGAGAAAGCAGCAGUGACAGUGACAGCGACAUCAAUGAAGACAAAUGAAAGGGAGAGUGGCUCACAAUAGCUCCUGGAAUGUUAGCAGAUACAGGGCUGGGGUCUAAUAGAAAGAAAUCCUGUGGUGCUAUACUGGCCUAAACAUAUGAGACCCUGGGGUUCAUCUGCACUACCAUAAAGAUGCAUAUCUGGCCAGUUUUUUGCCAAGACAGCAACAAGCACUGUUCAGUUUGACUUUUGGAAGAGAAGAAAUCCCACAUAAAUACAGUGUCUGCAAAACUCAUUCCUACUAUGCCCAUGAUGUUAGAACCCACAGGCCUUUGCUGCCUCCCUGCUCUGUGAUGUGUCGUCCUUUGGCCUAGAAACAAGAGUUUUAACUGGAUUUCAUGGUGAUUACUAUUGAGUUCGCCUCCCAGUGUGGGGAGAAAAGAUGGGUGGAUGGUCUUAGAAUAGAUUAAAUCAGAAGCAAGCUACUGGUUUAGGCUGCCCACAUGGUAAAGUCAUUAAAUAAAGCAAUUAAGUGAGUUUUAAAAAAUCUAGUAUAUCCUAUUCUUUAUAAGUGUGUACAUAUUCAUAUGGAGGCCAGAGGACAAUGGCUAUUUCUUUAGACAGGCCUUCUCUCUGAGCCUGGAGACUGCAGGUUCGAUUAGACUGGGUAGGCGGCUCUGGGGAUCCACCUAACGCUCAUGCAUAAACAGUGGAGGGCUCUGAGCUGAGGUCCUACCCACAUAGCAAGUACUUUAUUAAGGAAACUCGCCCCAGACUUUUGUCGUCUUCUAACUAAAAUACCCACGAAUUUUAGGGAUGGAUUGUACAGCUCUUGAAAUGGUAUUUAAGGGAUGGGUGGUGCAGCUCUUGCCUAAGCACAUGAGGUCCUCCAGUUCCUCCCCAUUGCCACAAUGGGUCUGUGUGGGCACUUUAUAAGUAGGUAUUUAACGAGGGCUAGAGGGCUGUUAAUGACAAAAGGACAUGAAAUGUCAUGACAGUGCAUUGCUGCCGAGCAGCUUGGUCUGUUUCCUGUAAAUGAUGUUAAUGAAGUUGCGUUACAAACUUGAGGUUUGCAGGGUCACUUUCACAAGUGCUUCUGUCGCCAACCCAUAUACUCCUCCCAGGUUUUACACUGAGGAGCAGUUUUCUCAGCCCUACCUGCUACAGGUAUGUGCAGUAUUUUUUUUUUUUUUUUUUUUUAAUCUAUUCUUGGGCCAGGGCCCGGUCUUCAUCUUCAUAGACCUUGACACUCUUGCCCUACUCACCUCGAAGACAGAUCAUAAAGCAUCAGAGAGAUGUGGGGUUGAGGGGUGGGUGCAAUGCCAACUGACUAACCUGCAAAGCAAUUUUGGUAAAGGACAUAGGGCAAAUUAGGAGAAGAUGGCUGCUAGGAAGGCAAUCGACUGCCCAUUGGCAUCUGUACCUGUGGGUGGCGAUGCCCUUGGCAUUGUGGCCUUUCUGGUAUACCUCUUCCCAUCCAAGACUUAACUGAACACUGGUUUGAAGCCAGCUGAAGAAAAUCCUUGACGUGAAUAUGUGAUGGGCUUUCUAAUCCACUUGAUACAUGUAACUUAACAUCUUAGCAAACCAUUACUGAGCCAUGUACUAAACUGAGAAUGAUUAAGGCCUACCUAUAUAAUGUCUGCUGUUGUGUCAUCUCCAGUAUUAAUAAAUCAUACAUUUUCUAUGCCAGA